AACUUUGCCACGCCAGGAAAGUUGUGGUCUCCGUGCAUUUAACCUCUCUCACUCUCUAAAACCCAGACAUUUCUCCUCUGCCUCGCACCGCCCCAUUUCUUUUCGUCUGCUUCUGCCUCUUCCUCUGUCUUUGUAUCCUCUGUGGGAGCUUGUGUUUAAGGUUUUAGAAUUUUAGCCCGUAAUCAAGUUUAGCUUCUCGCAGUAGUUUCCAUGGCGGCAGGCCUCUCCGCCUUAACCCCUAAACCUUUCCGUCCAUAUCUAUCCUCACACCUCGAGCCGAAGCCAACUCCGCUUUUUCAUCCUUUACGUCGCCUCCAGAAAACAGUAUAUGGAGUUCGAAGGAAGACAAGCUUUGCUGUUUGUUUUGUGCUGGAGGAACAGAAACAAAGUGCUCCCCAGAUCGUAAAUCUUGUAGAAGAAGGAUCCGAGGAUGUUAGAGGUUCUCAGAUCUUAAUACAAGCACGUGUGGCGGACAAGUUAGCUAGGAAGAGAUCAGAGAGAUUUACUUACCUAGUUGCUGCUGUAAUGUCUAGUUUUGGGAUCACGUCCAUGGCUGUUAUGGCUGUUUAUUAUAGGUUUUAUUGGCAAAUGGAGGGUGGGGAGGUACCUCUUUCCGAAAUGUUUGGUACAUUUGCUUUAUCGGUUGGUGCUGCGGUAGGCAUGGAGUUUUGGGCUAGAUGGGCUCACAGAGCGCUUUGGCACGCUUCUUUGUGGCAUAUGCACGAGUCUCACCAUCGACCUAGAGAAGGUCCGUUCGAGCUAAACGAUGUGUUCGCCAUUAUCAACGCGGUCCCAGCUAUUGCUCUCCUUUCUUAUGGUUUCUUCAACAGAGGCCUCGUUCCUGGUCUAUGCUUUGGUGCUGGGCUUGGAAUUACGGUGUUCGGAAUGGCCUACAUGUUCGUCCACGAUGGUCUCGUCCAUAAGAGAUUCCCCGUGGGCCCCAUUGCUAACGUGCCCUAUUUCAGGAAGGUUGCUGCAGCCCACCAGCUCCAUCAUUCAGACAAAUUCAAUGGUGUCCCAUAUGGUCUGUUUCUAGGGCCUAAGGUGCUUGUCUUAAACAUCCUUAUCUACUCUUUCAUAUUGUCUUUAUUUUUCAUUUGUUUGGUUUCCUUAGAUUUUUCUUUGUUUUAUGGAGCAGGAGGUUGAGGAAGUGGGAGGUCUAGAAGAAUUGGAGAAAGAGAUCAAUAGGAGAAUCAAAUCAGGCAUGGGUUCGUGAUAAUUCUACUGUUUAAAGGGACCCAUUUUUGAGCAAUUGCCAGUGUAUAGAUACAAUACUGUCAUUAUUAUAAGUGGAAAAUGAUUUUGAGUUAAUCACUGUUGUUUUCCUAUCAGGCGAAAGACAUGGAUUGUUUUUUCUCUUUAAAGAAAAACAUGGUUCAAAGGAGGAGAAUUAGAGACAAUGACUUGGGAACGGAAAGCCCUCAAUCUCAAUUUACCAAUACUGUUUAAGAGUUCAGAAUGAAAGAAAUAUACAGUGUAUGGAUUAUGGUUUUCCCACUGAAAAUGAACCCCUCAAAUCAGCAUUGUAAUUUGUAACUCAAGCUUCGCGUGAGAAUAUGUGUCUAGUGACGUGUAAAAAUCUCAUACUUACAAAAGAGAAAUACAAGAAAUUGUUAAUGGUAAUUACUUUUA